AUGCCAGUAAUUAAAGAGAAAACAUUCCAAGUUAUGGGUAACGACAUAAGCAAAGCUCCUUUGAAUAAAAAACAGGAGUCAGAACUCAAAUACGAAGCUCAUAAGCGUGAAUAUGAACUAGAAGUUAAAAAAGCCGAGAUGAAUCAUCAACACAAGAUCGUUGAAUCAAUAGCACUGAUGAAACAAACAAAACUUCAAGGUGGCAAAGAACUUGUGCUCUCCUAUAUGGAAACACUAAAUAUAAUCAUCCGACAGAAUAGUACUGUCUUUGAAAAAUCUGCCACCCUUUUAGCUCAACUUGCUAAUGACAAAUUGUCUGAAUCAUUGAAAAAAUCUAUCGAGAAGGCUGUUCAAAAAGAUCUUGAGAAUUAUAUGACUACUCAAGAGCUUCUGGUAUAUGCAAGAAGCGAAGUUGAUGAUCUUAAGUUCAAGCAAGACGAAGAAUUCUCAGAGUUGCUGGAUUGUGAAAUG